CGACACCCACUGGGACGCAGAAGGCGGUGGAGCCCCGGCGGCGGCGGCGGCGGCGGCGGCAGUAGUGGCAGCGCGCGGGAGCGGCGCGCGGGAGCGGCGCGGGCUGGGGCUCAGAGUGACACUCCAACCAGCUGAGCCACACCAACCGGGGUGGGAGGACAGUGUUUUAAGAGCGUGGUCUUUGGAGUUGCUUUGCUUGAGUUCCAGCUCCUGAGCUGCCAGGUUGCAGCCUAGAAUAAUCAUGGGCCAGACUGGAAAGAAGUCCGAGAAGGGGCCAGUUUGUUGGCGGAAGCGUGUGAAGUCCGAGUACAUGCGGCUGCGGCAGCUCAAGAGGUUCCGGCGAGCUGACGAAGUCAAGAGUAUGUUUAGUUCCAAUCGUCAGAAAAUUGUGGAAAGAACGGAGAUCUUAAACCAAGAAUGGAAGCAGCGAAGGAUCCAGCCCGUGCACAUCCUGACUUCUGUGAGCUCAUUGCGCGGGACCAGGGAGCUCCCAGUGGUCCAGCCACACAGUCGCCUAUUGUACCAGCUGGUUGAUUGUUCGGUGACCAGUGACUUGGACUUUCCAACACAAGUCAUCCCAUUAAAGACGCUGAAUGCAGUCGCCUCAGUGCCCAUAAUGUAUUCUUGGUCUCCCCUACAGCAGAAUUUCAUGGUGGAAGAUGAAACUGUUUUACACAAUAUUCCUUACAUGGGGGAUGAAGUUUUAGACCAGGAUGGGACGUUCAUUGAAGAACUAAUAAAAAAUUAUGAUGGAAAAGUACACGGGGAUAGAGAAUGUGGGUUUAUAAAUGAUGAGAUCUUUGUGGAAUUGGUGAAUGCUCUUGGUCAGUACAAUGAUGAGGAUGACGACGAUGAUGGAGAUGAGCCUGAUGAGAGAGAAGAAAAACAGAAGGAUCUGGAGGAGAACCGAGAUGAUAAAGAGAGCCGCCCACCUCGGAAAUUUCCUUCUGACAAAAUUUUUGAAGCCAUUUCCUCCAUGUUUCCAGAUAAGGGCACGGCAGAAGAACUGAAGGAAAAGUAUAAGGAACUCACCGAGCAGCAGCUUCCAGGGGCCCUCCCUCCCGAGUGCACCCCGAACAUAGACGGACCGAACGCCAAAUCCGUUCAGAGGGAGCAGAGCCUGCACUCCUUCCACACGCUCUUCUGCCGGCGGUGCUUCAAGUACGACUGCUUCCUCCACCCUUUCCAUGCAACACCCAACACUUACAAGCGGAAGAACACAGAAACAGCUCUGGACAACAAGCCCUGUGGGCCCCAGUGUUACCAGCACCUGGAGGGAGCAAAGGAGUUCGCCGCCGCCCUCACCGCCGAGCGGAUCAAGACGCCGCCGAAGCGCCCAGGCGGCCGCAGACGAGGGCGGCUUCCCAACAACAGCAGCAGGCCCAGCACCCCCACCAUCAACGUGCUGGAGUCCAAGGACACGGACAGCGACCGGGAAGCCGGGGCCGAGACGGGCGGCGAGAAUAACGAUAAGGAGGAGGAGGAGAAGAAAGACGAGACCUCCAGCUCCUCUGAAGCGAAUUCUCGGUGUCAGACCCCGAUAAAGAUGAAGCCGAACAGCGAGCCUCCGGAGAACGUGGAGUGGAGUGGGGCCGAGGCCUCCAUGUUCCGGGUCCUCAUCGGCACCUACUACGACAACUUCUGUGCCAUCGCCAGGUUGAUCGGGACCAAAACGUGCAGGCAGGUGUAUGAGUUCCGGGUCAAAGAGUCCAGUAUCAUCGCUCCGGCUCCCGCCGAGGAUGUGGACACGCCUCCGAGGAAGAAGAAGAGGAAACACCGGUUGUGGGCUGCCCACUGCAGGAAGAUACAGCUGAAAAAAGACGGCUCCUCGAACCACGUUUACAACUACCAGCCCUGUGACCAUCCACGGCAGCCUUGCGACAGUUCGUGCCCUUGCGUGAUAGCACAGAAUUUUUGUGAAAAGUUUUGUCAGUGUAGUUCAGAGUGUCAGAACCGCUUCCCCGGCUGCCGCUGCAAGGCGCAGUGCAACACCAAGCAGUGCCCCUGCUACCUGGCCGUGCGGGAGUGCGACCCCGACCUGUGUCUGACCUGUGGAGCCGCUGACCACUGGGACAGCAAGAACGUGUCCUGCAAGAACUGCAGCAUCCAGCGGGGCUCCAAGAAGCAUCUCCUGCUGGCGCCGUCCGACGUGGCAGGCUGGGGCAUCUUCAUCAAAGACCCCGUCCAGAAGAACGAGUUCAUCUCCGAGUACUGCGGGGAGAUAAUUUCCCAGGACGAGGCCGACAGGAGAGGCAAGGUGUACGAUAAGUACAUGUGCAGCUUUCUCUUCAACCUGAACAACGAUUUUGUGGUGGAUGCAACCCGCAAGGGUAACAAAAUCCGUUUUGCAAAUCAUUCAGUCAAUCCAAAUUGCUAUGCAAAAGUGAUGAUGGUGAACGGUGACCACAGGAUAGGGAUCUUUGCGAAGAGAGCCAUCCAGACUGGGGAAGAGCUGUUUUUUGAUUACAGAUACAGCCAGGCCGACGCGCUGAAGUACGUGGGCAUCGAGCGUGAGAUGGAGAUCCCUUGACGUCUGCUACCUCCCCUCCUCCUCCGGGACGUCCCGGCUGCCUUUAGCUUCAGGACCCUCGAGUACUGCGGGCGAUGCAGAGAGGAAAAUGCAGUGUGAAAUCCUGAGUUUGCAAAGUACUGUAAGAAUAAUUUAUAGUAAUGAGUUUAAAAAUCAACUUUUUAUUGCCUUCUCACCAGCUGCAAAGUGUUUUGUACCAGUGAAUUUUUGCAAUGAUGCAGUGUGGUACAUUUUUGAACUUUGAAUAAAGAAUACUUGAAGUUCU